UAUCCCCCGCGGCGAAACAAGCAAAACACUCUUCCUCCCAACCGGCCGCAGCCUUUCGACUUAUGGCAGCUGCCGCCGCGGCGGCUGGAGCUGCAUCGGCCACUGCCGCCACUGCGCCAGCCGCCGCCCAGGACCCCAUGAACGCGCUCCGCGCGGCCGCCCUCCGCCGUUCCGCGCCGCACUGGUCCACCGCCGCCGCGUCCUUCUUCUCCCCGCCCUUCCGCCCCCGCCGCUGCCGCUGCCGGCGCGCGCCCGCUCCCGCUCCCGCUGCGACCACUCGUACCCCGAGGUCCCGCGCGGGUGCCAAGGCCCGGGCGAAGCUCCUGUUGGAGGCCGAGCCCCGGGACCCCUGGCUCGCCUCCCUCUCGCUUCUCCCGGCCGACGACAGCUCCGGCGCUGGCGCCGCCCCCAACGGGUGGGCGAUUGGGGUGGAUCCCGACACCGGCGGUGCCAUCGCCGUCCUCUCGCCCGACGGCUCCUCUCAGGUGUUCGACAACCCGCUCGUGCACAUUGUGGUGUCGAAGGUCAUCCGGAAGCGCCUUGACACCAAGUCCAUCAUCCAGCUGCUUCGCGGUCUCGAUGCACCUCCCGGAACUACGGCAUACAUUGAGAAGUCUAGUCCAUUUCCAACUGAUGGAAAGCUGGGAUGGUGGAGUACAGGUUUUUCAUAUGGCUUGUGGAUUGCUUCUCUAGUGUCAUCGGGGUUUUCAGUUGUUCCAGUUGCAUCACAGACAUGGAAAGCUUACUUUGGGCUAUCACGAAGUGAAUCGCCAAAGGAUAAUAGCAGACAAGCUGCAUCCAUUUUGUUCCCUGACAAAGCUCUAUCCCUGAAGUUGAAAAAACAUCAUGGGCGAGCGGAGGCUCUUCUGUUAGCAGCCUAUGGGAAAGGCCUUGUGCUACCAUCAGGGAAGUUCAGCAAACCCCAACUUGACAUUGAUGUUGAUUGCUGAUUGACUGGCCAUUUUUCAUAUUGAUGGCACUGCAAACAAAUUGUUGCGUAGGGGGUUCCAUCAAGUACAUAACUUAUUGAGGUUUGAGUGCACUGUGUGCCUGCAGAACUGCAACAGAGAUCGUAGCUGACCCAUUCAACUUUUGUGGAAAGCAUUGGAUAUUUCUCAUUGUAUUUUGAGCGUAACAGGCUAGCGCAGAUGAGACAUGAACGUUUUUUUUAACAUGUACCUAUUCCAAGUUGAGAAGGAACCAAAGCUUCGCAACCGUUUGCUGAGACUGUUGUAAUCUUCAAGAACUUUUUUUUUAACAUGUACCUAUUCCAAGUUGAAAAGGAACCAAAGCUUCGCUACCGUUUGCUGA